GGCGCUCGAUCCGCGCUGCCUGGCGCCGCCCGGGCCGCCGCCGCCAUGGCCACGGAGGACGAGAUCAUCCGCAUCGCCAAGAAGAUGGACAAGAUGGUGCAGAAGAAGAACGCGGCUGGAGCUCUUGAUCUAUUGAAGGAGCUUAAGAAUAUUCCCAUGACCCUUGAGUUACUACAGUCUACCAGAAUUGGAAUGUCAGUGAAUGCAAUACGCAAGCAAAGCACAGAUGAAGAGGUUACGUCUUUAGCAAAAUCUCUUAUCAAGUCUUGGAAGAAGCUGUUAGAUGGACCUUCAACUGAUAAAGAUUCUGAAGAAAAGAAAAAGGAGCCUGCAUCUUCCUCACAAAACAGCCCUGAAGCCAGAGAAGAAAGCAGUUCAAGUAGCAAUUCCAGCAGCAGGAAGGAGGAGGGUAGUGCUCCCUCAAAUUCUUUCAUCCCUUCUUUUCCCCGGGCACCAAGCACUUCAGACUCUGUAAGAGUGAAAUGUAGAGAAAUGCUCUCUGCAGCUCUCAGAACAGGAGAUGAUUACAUUGCUAUUGGUGCUGAUGAAGAAGAGCUGGGUUCUCAGAUUGAAGAAGCUAUUUUUCAAGAAUUAAAAAACACUGAUAUGAAAUACAAAAAUAGGGUACGAAGUAGGAUAGCGAAUCUCAAGGAUGCAAAGAACCCUAACCUAAGGAAAAAUGUAUUAUGUGGAAACAUUCCUCCUGACAAGUUUGCCAAAAUGACAGCAGAGGAAAUGGCAAGUGAUGAGCUGAAAGAAAUGCGCAAAAAUCUGACCAAAGAAGCCAUCAGAGAGCACCAGAUGGCUAAAACAGGAGGUACCCAAACUGAUCUGUUUACAUGUGGCAAGUGCAAAAAGAAGAACUGUACAUACACCCAGGUUCAAACCCGCAGUGCUGAUGAACCCAUGACAACGUUUGUUGUCUGUAAUGAAUGUGGAAACAGAUGGAAGUUCUGUUAGAAGAAGAAGUUGUCAAGACAUCUGGACCAGUAUGAACGAGGAUUUUGUAAUUAGCUUUAAAAAUUAGGCUAAGCAUCUAGCUUCCUGCAAAUGAGAGGGUUUUUUGUUUUUUCUUUUAUUUCAAAACAGCAUACAUGCCUCAAGUUAGCCUUUGUUUUGACACAACCAUCAUUUCCUCUAAUGCCUUCCUAUAGCUGGUAGUCAGUAGGGCCAGGUUGCUCAAUUGUUUGGUGAAUUUUAAAAUAUUUUUUCAUUUUUAUAAGUAAGUUGACAUUAAACUUUUACCAGUUAAACAUUUUGUAACUGUCUUGUUUUUUUCUAACUGUGUGAGUAAUGUACUGUAUUUUUUGUGGUCUGAAAUAUACACACUCCUCCUGUGUGUAUUUUGCCUCUCCACAUUUGCUCAGUUGUUAGAAUGGAAUUUGUUUCUCUCUGCUCUGUUCACUUUGCUUUGCAAGUAGAAAGGUAUAUAAGUUCAUCAUAACAUUAAACUCAGCUGUCAACUAAAACACAA